AUGGCUGAUGUCGAUGUCUGGCAAGCUGCCCGCCAAGGCCUCCUCGAGGAUGUCCAGGAGUUUCUCUACGCAGGCGGCGAUCCGAACAUGCGAGACUCGACAUACCUCUCGCCCUUGCAUAACGCAUCAAUCGGCGGGUCCCCGGGCGUCGUGGCCGAACUUCUGGGCGCGGGAGCGAACGUGAACCUCGUGAACACGCUGGGGACGACGCCGCUCCAUUCCGCGUGUGCCCACCUUCAGCCUCACUGUGUGGAGCUUCUCUUGGCCAGGGGAGGGGACGACCAGGCGCGAGAUUUCCGAGGCAAGACUCCGGCGGAUGUAAUCGGCGAGGCGGUUGAGCUAUCGGAGGGGGCAGAGCCUGAUGAUGAGUUGUGCGAGGUGAUCAGGAGGACGCUGGCCGGUGGGAUGGACCUAGCGCAGGAUGCCGUGCAGGCGGCUGAGGAGGCGCGGAACUCCGAGGACGCGGCAGACAGCGCUAACAUCGGUAUUCGUGACCGCAGCCGAACGCGGAGCAACAGCAGCCGAGGCAUCCAGUCGCACGGUCACGGCCCCUCCGACCACGACGCGAGGCACAAGGUGGCCAGCCUGACGGCGCAGCUCAUACAGAAGGAGCACCGCAUCCGCGGGCUGGAGCAGGGGGUGCAAACCAAGGUCGCCGAGGUGGCGACGCUUCAGACGCAGCUGAGAUCCAGCGAGGCGCGCAUCCGUGGGCUGGAGAGGCACGUCGCGGAGCUCAUGCGCAGGGUUUCUAGGGCCGAAACGGCACUUGCGGAGGUAUCAGAGGAACACGAGAAGAACUCCAUGACGGCGGCGAGGGCGACCACGCUCUUCACCGCGGAAGAGAUAAGGAUAGCUUGCGACAGCUUUUCGCCCAAGAAGCUGAUUGGCCGCGGGUCGUCGGCCGAGGUGUAUCAGGGGGAGAUGAAGCUCAAGAAGGAUCAAGACUGUCAGAGGGUGGCCAUCAAGAGGAUGUCGCCCCAGGCACUGCAGGGGCUGCAGAACUUUCAGAGAGAGGUUAAGGUGCUGAUGAUGUGCCUGCACGAGAACAUCGUCCCGCUGUUGGGCAUCGCAACAGACCCUUGGUGUCUGGUGUACCCUCACAUGAGCAACGGCAGCCUGGAGGAUGUAUUGGCCACUCGCGCCAGACGUAGGGGUCUAUCCGCUGAGAUGAGGGUCAGGAUUGCCCUGGGGGUGGCGCACGCGCUUGACUACCUGCACACCCCGUGGCUCGACAAACCAGCGAUUAUCCACAGAGAUGUGAAGCCGGCGAACAUCCUGCUGGACUCGGGCAUGAACGCUCGUCUAGGCGAUGCCGGUAUCGCUCGUGUGCUUGACGCGGCGGAAAGUAACGCCGCGGCCACGCAGGUUCAAGGGACCCUCAACUACAUCGACCCGGGCUACAUGCGAACGGGGACCCUGAAUGACAAGUCUGACAUCUACAGCCUGGGAGUCGUGAUGGUGGAGUUGUUAUUGGGCGCCGUUGCAACGGUGGGGAUGGUGAAUCGGGUUCGAAUGUCCCUGCUCACCCAAGCGAGAGCUCUAGCCGACGGUGCCAUCGAGUGGACCGGCAACACCGCCGAGAAGCUGGCGGACAUCGCUCACGGGUGCUGCAUCGAGCUACCAGCGCAACGAUCCAGUCUUCGCACGGUGCACAUCUGCCUGGAGGCGACCCUGGGGGGACAGGGACUAUUCGUCGCGAGUGCUGCUGUUCGCACCUGCCGCAUCUGCCUCACAGCUCCCGCAAACACGAGAUUCAUCCCGUGUUUCCACUCGAUCGCCUGCGUUGACGACGCCACGAACCUGUUGAGGCGACGAGGAUCGUGCCCUGUUUGUCGCGAGCCAAUCGAGAGUGUGGAAGAGGGCGAGUUCGCACAGACGUUCGCGCCGCAGCGAGAACGGGAAGCCGCGCCGACAGAAGCGGACGGACGAGGAGAGGGGCAAGGAGUAGCCGAGCAGAAGGGCGAGGGACACACGGAGGCUGCCGCCGCUUCUUCUGUCGUCCCUGCAAUGGUCAACUGAGGAUCGCAAGGUGGAUGGCUGGCUUUUUUUUUUCUUCUUUUGAGUGUGGGAGCGUGUGCAUGGGCAGAAGCAUCGGCUAUACCGUCAGCACUGCCGCUUUGGGGAGGGGGGGGGGGGAGAGAGGGAGCGCAUCGCGCUUCAGGUGGUGGUCCUUCCGGGACCCCGCGGUUGGUUUGUUUUCUCUCCGCAGAACCCCGCCCGAUUUGCGCACAACACCCUUGUUGAGGGAGGAGAGAUGCGAGAGGGCGUUCGCGCUCCUCCGCCUUGGGUGGGGAAGUUUUCUCGGCAUUGGGACGCCGCGGCAGGAGAGCAUGUGAGAGGGACAGAGGCUUUUGUGGGGUAUGGUGAGUUGAUGUCUGUGCCAUCUUAUUGUGUGUGCAUGGCAUUUCGGAGAAAGACUGAGGUGAACAAGGAGGUAGUUGGUUGUGCUCCCCGCCCGAGGGGUGUGUUUUCACCUCAUCGUGGAUAUGUAGCGUGAGGAACGGGUCGCACGAAAAAGCUGUUAAGGCGACUUGUCGUCGUUGUUUUGAGGCUUGGUCCUGCUCAAACAAGUACAAAGGAGGCUUGGCGGUUUUACACCUACCUGCUGGGUUGUGGCGGACCUACAGAGCAGGCAGGCGUUUGGCGGGCGGUUUCUGGUGUGGCCGCUCCUAGAGAAGGAGUCUAGCUUGUGCUUUUAUCCUCCUAAACUUUCGUGUCCCACGUGCGUGCCAGGCCGUACUUGUGCUUUAUGCUUCUAUUUGCCGCACUGCAUUCGUACGAGACAGAUUGUGACGUUUGGUGUAACAAAUUUAUUAUUUCUUUCGGACCGCAGUCACGGCAGCACCUGCAGCCUGAGUUUCGUUUUGCUUUUGCUGCUUGAGGAUCAUGUUCUAUGUUGAGAGCUCGGCACCCUUGGCAUCCAUGAUAUCUGCCACACGGCAUACACAUAUAGACGAGCCUUUUUUGGUUGGGUGUUUGUCUGCGUGGUAGUGUGGCAGGGUGUUUUCGACCCUCCGUCACCUGGGUUUUGCCCAUCUGCGGGGUGUAGGGAGAGUAACCCACAUGUGGGGCCAACUACACAUCGGUGGUAUGAGCGUGCCUGUCGCAAGAAUUUAGAAUGCGUAGAAGACCAAGAAUUUGCAUUGCGCAAUUGCAGGCGACGGUAGAUGCUACGAAUCAUGCAUUCUCGCUCCACAACCCACGUACUUUCCUCUGUAUUUUCGCCGUUGAGUCAUACAUUGGGUCGAGUUUAUAGCUGUAUAUCGCCCCCCCCGUGUGCAUGUCUCUGUAUGAUCCGUUCGUUCUUUGGUGGGUCUUGACGGAUGACCACGUUCGCAGCUGUGCCUGAUUUCAGCGUGUGUAUGGCCAAUCAUCGCUCGUCUCGAUCUGAGGAGGGCGGCAAAGUUUCCAAAAGGAAGGUUAAUUUAAUUUAGAGAGCACAGGUACCACGCCAGUUGUAUUUUUCGAGCCCUGUUCUGUGUCGGCGGUGUUGGAUGUACACGAGUUGUUUCACGUUGAAAAAAUGGCGAUUCUUUGUACGUAAGCAGCCUUCCAUUCAAUGCGUUAUCGAUUGCUGUAUCUUAUGCGGAACCAGAGUAACGGGGCAAUGGUAGCCUAUUAGCAUCGCUCCUGCAGUGUGCCUCGUGGUGUUUUUGCUUUCAUGU